CGUUUAUGCUUGCGUUUAUGUGCCUGCUGUGCCCUGCCGUGCCCUGCCGACCAGUCGGUCAUGAGUUAAUAAGCACUGUCGGGGUGGGGGCCCGAGACCGGGUAUGCCGGGUCUGGGAUUGCGAUUGGGAUUGCGAUUGCGAGGCCGGGCCCAAGUAAUGGAGUGGCGGCGCGUGUGGUUGCACGGCGAGGCGCGCGCGAGGACGAGGCGGAGGUGGGGGUUUAUGCGUGGACGAGGCGGGAGGGGCGUGGUGGGUUUUCUGGUGGUAUGGGGGAUGGAUGGGAGGAGGUCAUCGGAUUCUAGUUUGAGUUUGAGUUUGUUGGUUUGGCCUGGUAGGGGUGGGUUGGGUUGCGAGGCUCGUACUGCUUGCCUGCCACCUGGGCUCGGGCUUGGAAGCGCAUGUAUGCAAGCAAGCAAGCAAGCAAGCAAGCUGUAGUUAAGCUGCGCAGAGUCGAACAACGUCGGGUGAUGGCGGACUGGACUGGACUGGGAAGGCACUUUUGCGGGCUCGUUCUGUCGAGAAUCAACAAUCCUCUUCUUGCGUAUGCAUGAACAGAACAGACGCGGUGGUGAUGCUGCGCUG